AUGUCAAUCACAAUCGUUUUCAUUCCUGGCUAUCAAUCAUUUGUACCCUCGAUAAAAUCAACUUUUCUUCAAGCAUGGUGUGAUAAACAUCAUUAUCGUUUCAUUACAUUUAAUCAUGAUUUUCUAUCGUCUAAUUCAUUUGUAGGCACAUGGUUUCAUCAUCUUCUAGCUAUUCUUUAUGAAGAAACUAGCAACGAAAACCUCAUUUUAGUUGGUGCUAGUCUCGGUGCAUGGCUUGCUCUUUUAGUUCGCAUUCGAAAAGAAGUUGAUAGUUCAUUACGUUCUCGUAUCCGUGGUAUUCUUGCAUUAGGUAUGAGUAUAAAUGGCACUGAAAUAUGGUUGAAUGAAAUAGAACCAAUUGAAAAUCGUUCUGAUCGCAAUUAUAUAUAUCGUCGUCCCAGUUCUUAUUCAUCUACCGGUUAUUAUGACAUACGUGUUUCAAUGUUACUUGAUUCAAAAGAAUAUUUAUUACCUAUUGAAUGCAAUUCAAUUGAGUUAGAGUGCAAUAAUUGCAUACUGAUUUUCAUGCACGGCAUGCUCGAUUUCGAUGUACCUUAUCAACGCGUUAUCGAUUUUGUAAGUCGUUUACGAAUCGACAAGAAAGGAGCAAUAAAAAUUCGUCUCAUACAUGAUGGUGACCAUCGAUUAUCACGUCUUGAAGAUUUAAAUGAAAUCAAAAGCUGUUUAAAUGAUCUCACUGACAUGUCAAGGAAUGAAUAG